UGCAAUGUCGCACGCGAGUGUUUGUGAUGCAAUCUCAUGGCCGUCCACCCAGGUACCAUCGUGCUCGUGUUGCCGCCGACUCCGACCUGUCGAGUAAGUACUAUCUUUGACUCAACUCGAGGAGAAAGGGAUGUUACAACAGGAAGGGGAGUGAGCAGCGGCUGCUUCCCACCGCUGCCGCCUGUCCGGAUGCUCGUCAACGUCACGGCCUGCUCUUCGGGCUCUUUGAUAGUCCUUCUGGCGCAACAACAGGAUCUUCGUCGCGGUUUUCAUCACUAUUCUCUACCCGCCCUUUGGCUAACUGGGAGCUGCAUUCUAGGUGCGCUUUCAGCAACCUGCCUUCUAGGCCUGGGCCCCACUUGCUGACAUAUCUUUAGAGCUGGCUGCAGACGCUGGUUACCCUAGCGAGACUUACCAAUGGCCUCUUUAUUCUUAUAUUGGCUGCACAUAGCGAUCAGCUUCUAGUCCUCACACUUCUUUGUACGCACUGCCGAGAUUAUCGCAGUAGGUCCUUGUCAUUCUUCGUGCGAUUCUAGCUGGUACACUCUCUGUUAGCCUAGGCUCUGCUUAUGCCCAUCUACUAUUCUCACAGCUAUCCACUCUAGUACCCAUGAUGGUUUGCAACAAACACGCCCUACACAACUCAUGUCGUAUGGCAGGUGUAAUGCUUGAUUUCUCAAGCUUCUUCCGCGACCGAGAUUUCUUGCAGACUAUCUGCAUCAUACUAGUCUGCACCCGACACAUGCUACUUUCCCUCGCACGGGCCAUUCUUACUAUCAGCUAUCCGCAGUCCCCCAUUUUUCCCUUCCCCCACCCCCGAUUUCAGCUUUCACUUUC